GACAAAAUGUUAACUAUAAAAAUAUGCGAUUGCGUCCUGAGGACACUUCUGAGUACUAUAUUCAAUUAGCGAAUCAAUGUGCAGAUGCUGUCCUAAUGGACCAACUGAAAAUAGCAUCUAUAAAGAACUACCAAGAUA